GGUUCGCUUGGGUGACACAAUUAUAACAACUUUAUCUUCGCGGCCGAAACGCCUUUUAUUGUGAAAUACUCACAUCUUGGAUACUAUAAUCAGUUUAUUUGCGUUCAAAUAGCGGCACAGGAUCACUUUGUGAUGAAAAAUGUGACGUUUGAGGAGCUACCCGGAGAGCGCUUGUGUCCCCCCGAAAGGAUUUACUAUAUCGAAUCGCAUCUUUUCAUCCUGGGAAAAAGUUUUUGAUCGUUUUGGUUUUUUUUCAGUUUUUCUUCUUUGAUUCGGCGGAGCAAAGCGUUUGUCCCCGCGUCGCGAUUUUUUCCAUGCAAUCGUGCGGUGUGUCUGUCGCCGUCGCUGCCUGCGCUGCUGCUCGGAGUCUCGGCUCGGCUUCUUCUUCUAGUGGUGAUGAGGGAAAGAAAAUGGCGGCGGGAAAAGCGAGUGAAACAGAGGAGGACUUUCCGACACUGACAGCCCAGGAGAGGGACAGUUUGGCCGGGAUCGACAGCUCACUGUUUGGAUUUCAGAAGCUUCAUGAAGAUGGCGCCAGAACGAAGGCCCUGUUGAUGAAGGCUGUUCGCUGCUACGACUCGCUCAUCCUUAAGGCCGAGGGCAAAGUGGAGCCGGAGUUAUUCUGCCAGCUCGGCCACUUCAACCUCCUCCUGGAGGAUUACCCAAAAGCAUUAUCGGCAUACCAGAGGUACUACAGUUUACAGUCAGACUACUGGAAGAAUGCUGCCUUUCUGUACGGCCUGGGAAUGGUCUACUUCCACUAUAAUGCCUUUCAGUGGGCGAUCAAAGCAUUCCAGGAGGUGCUGUACAUCGACCCGGGUUUCUCUCGGGCCAAAGAGAUCCAUCUGCGCCUGGGUCUCAUGUUCAAGGUCAACACAGACUACGAGUCAAGCCUAAAGCAUUUUCAGCUGGCUUUGAUUGACUCCAACCCCUGCACUUUGUCCAAAGCUGAAAUUCAGUUCCACAUCGCUCAUUUGUAUGAGAUUCAGAAGAGAUACCGGGCUGCCAAGGAGGCCUACGAGAGCCUCCUGCAGGCGGAGGAUCUUCCUGCACAGGUGAAGGCCACUACCCUGCAGCAGCUAGGCUGGAUGCAUCACACAGUGGAGCAGCUCGGGGACAGAGCAAGCAGGGACAGCUAUGCCAUCCAGUGUCUGCAGAAAUCUCUAGAGGCCGACCCCAACUCCGGACAGUCCUGGUACUUCCUUGGCAGGUGCUACUCCAGUAUCGGGAAAGUCCAGGACGCCUUCAUCUCCUAUCGGCAGUCCAUCGACAAAUCCGAGGCCAGCGCAGACACCUGGUGCUCUAUAGGGGUGUUGUACCAGCAGCAGAACCAGCCCAUGGACGCCCUGCAGGCUUACAUCUGCGCCGUGCAGCUGGACCACAGCCACUCGGCCGCCUGGAUGGACCUGGGCACGCUGUACGAGUCCUGCAACCAGCCGCACGACGCCAUCAAGUGCUACAUCAACGCCACGCGCAGCAAGGGCUGCACCAACACCACGGCGCUGACACACCGCAUCAAAUGCCUGCAGGCUCAGUUGAGUAACCCCCAGCUCAGUAGCCUUCAGGGUAAAAGUAAAAUGCUCCCUCUUAUUGAGGAGGCAUGGAGUCUACCAAUCCCCGCUGAGCUAACCUCCAGGCAGGGAGGCCUGAGCAGUGCACCACAGCAGGCUUGUAAGCCCAAUCACAGUGCAGAAGGCGGUGGGCCCUCUCUGCCCCCCCACGUGGGUCCGCUAGGCCAAGUAGAGGACCAGUCCUGCCCCGCCAAGAGGAGGAGAGCCUCCAGCCCGGGCAAGGGAGACUCAUGGGUCAGUAACCCCCCACAGCAACCAGUCCCCAACUGGUACCUCUCCCCGCAGAAAUUACAGGUGCUGGAACAGUUGCGGGGUAACCGAGCGAGCCUGAAGCCUCCCCAGCUGCAGAUGUUGGGGCAGUUGGAGGCUCAGCUCACCAUGAUGCAGCAGCACCAGCACCAGAUGAGACAGAAUGCCUCAGGAGGUCAGGUGCGCCCCUCCCUCCCCAACGGCCCCACUACCAACUCCCUCCCCUCCCCUAACCCCAGCCUCCGGCCCCACCUGGGCCCCCACCGGCCCCUAUGCCCGCCUCUUGCCAACGGGCCCGUGGGCCUUGGGGCACACGGACACUCAGACCCCCUCCCCGCGGUCGACAGUAGUAACAGAAGUAAUAAUCAGUCGGGGCCCGCGGCCACAGGACCCAACGGAGACGUGCCUUACCUGCAACCUGCCGGCAGCGGCGACGCAGCACUGCUACCUCACACCUGCACAAGCGCGCUAACACAGGACGCCACGCCGCGCCCGGCCCUGCACCUAAACUCCUCUCAGGGGCUUCAGAAGGGGUGUGUUCCACAUGCAUCGGGCUCCAGUAGUGAGGGGAUCCUGUCUCACCCCCAGACCCCCAACAAUCAGGUUGGACAUUCCACUAACGCCCCAUCGCCACGACCGCAGCCUCACAACCACCUCCCGUCCCCUCCCUCCCUCCCCCUCUCCUCUACCUCAGGUGGAGCAGCAGCACCUGGUGCUACCAAAGAUAGCAACACCGCAGCCGCCAUCGCCACGGCAGCCGCUUCCCUCGGCAACGGGGGCCCGGAGGGGAAGACGCCGCCGUCAGCUGAUGGCAAAACCACGCAGCAGGACGGACUAGCUAAUCACGUUCACUCGGAGGACGGCAAGGGGGCGGAAGGCGGUGAUAAGCCGAGCCUUAGCGCAGACAAUCCUAGACUAUCUGCCCUGCUGGCGGGGGGGAAGGGCCCCGAGGAGGGGGAGGGCCCGUCGCAAGGGAUUUCAUCCACCACGUCCGAAAAGAAAGUCAACAACAUCCACCCGGCCGUCCUCUCCUCCACCCCGCAUGCGCAGGGCAGCUCAGCCGCCUCCUCGCCCAUCUCUGCCAUAUCCACCGCCACUCCCUCCCCCAAAUCCUCAGAACACACGCAGACGGGCGCACACAGCCCCGCAACGUCCCCCGCCGCCGCCGCCGCCACUACGUCCGCCGCGCCCGCCGUGAACGGUAACGGCAAAGGAGGAAUCUCAGAGGACUCUCAGAGCCCGCUGAAGGCCGAGCCGCCCGCCGUCACCAGUCUGAAAGCUACGCCUCCUCACGCACACAGCUCCUCCUCGUCCUCGUCCUCCUCGUCGAUAUCCAUCUACCCCAGCUCCACAGACGUGCUCAAGGCCUGCAGGAACCUGGGGAGGAAUGGUCUCUCCAACAGCAGUAUCCUCCUCGAUAAGUGCCCCCCGCCCCGGCUGCCCCCUCCACCCUCACCAGCCCUGCCCAAAGACAAGCUCAACCCCCCCACACCCAGCAUCUAUCUGGAGAACAAGAGGGAUGCUUUCUUCCCCCCACUGCACCAGUUCUGCACAAACCCCUCCAACCCCGUCACGGUCAUCAGAGGACUGGCUGGAGCACUCAAACUGGACUUGGGUCUAUUCUCCACGAAGACGUUGGUGGAGGCCAACCCGGAGCACCUGGUGGAGGUCUGGACGCAGCUCUCGCAGCCCGCCGAUGAGAACUGGGACCCGAGCGGCAGCAAGAAGAUGUGGCGCUGCGAAAGCGCCCGAGCCCACACCACCAUCGCCAAAUACGCCCAGUAUCAGGCAGCGUCCUUCCAGGAGUCCCUGCGGGAGGAGAAUGAGAAGAAGGCACUAAAGGAGCCCUCGGAUACAGAGCCAGCGUCAGCAGAGAGUGUUGCACGCAAACGAAGGGGACCCUUAAAGCACAUCAAGUUUGGAACCAACAUCGACGUGUCGGACGAGAGGAAGUGGAAACAGCAACUCCAGGAGCUCAGUAAACUCCCGGCCUUCGCUCGAGUCGUGUCGGCCGGAAACCUGCUGAGCCACGUGGGCCACACCAUCCUGGGCAUGAACACAGUGCAGCUCUACAUGAAGGUCCCCGGCAGCAGGAUAGCAGGUCACCAGGAACACAACAACUUCUGUGCCGUCAACAUCAACAUCGGCCCAGGAGACUGCGAAUGGUUUGCCGUGCCGGAGCCCUACUGGGGAGUGAUGAGCAACUUCUGUGAAAAGAACAACAUCAACUUCCUGAUGGGCUCGUGGUGGCCCAACCUGGAGGAUCUGUACGAGGCCGACGUGCCGGUGUACCGCUUCAUCCAGAGGCCCGGGGACCUGGUGUGGCUCAAUACCGGCACCGUGCACUGGGUGCAGGCCAUCGGGUGGUGCAACAACAUCGCCUGGAACGUUGGACCUCUCACCGCCCACCAGUACAAGCUGGCCGUGGAGCGCUACGAGUGGAACAAGCUCCAGAGCGUCAAGUCAAUGGUUCCCAUGGUGCACCUCUCCUGGAACAUGGCGCGCAACAUCAAAGUGUCCGACCACAAGCUGUUUGAGAUGAUCAAGUACUGCUUGUUGCGGACGUUGAAGCAGUGCCAGUGGGUAAAGGAAGCUCUGGCGACAGCAGGCAAGGAGACGGUGCUGAGGCCGAGGACCCGGGACGAGCCGGCCCACUACUGCACCAUCUGUGAGGUGGAGGUGUUCAACCUGCUGUUUGUGCGCCGCGAGCUCCUGUCCAAGAAGCAGUACGUGGUGCACUGCCAGGACUGUGCGCGGAAAGGCAGCGCCACCCUGGAUAACUUCGUAGUCCUGGAGCAGCACCGCAUGGACGACCUGAUGCAGGUCUACGACCAGUUCACAUUAGCCCCUCCUCUUCACUCAUCUUCAUCUUGACAUUAGGUGACGCCUCCUCUUCUUCUGCUGUGAAGCCCAUUCACAGGAACUUGUAUUAAGAUAUUUUUUUGUUUAAAACGAACAAACAAAACAUCUACGGACCAUUUCUGAUAUUCAGGAAAGCCAAGGCCGUCUCCCCCUAACCCCUCACACCCUCACCACCCCCCCCCCUCCUCCCCCACCCCAUGCCAUAAUGGCUAGUCUCCAUCGCGACGGCCGGACGGAGGCUGAGGCGGCCGAGUGUGUCUGUCUAUGCAACCUGUUUGAAAGUGCUGGGGGCCCUUCCAGAGGGGGACGCCACCGAGCUAGCUCACAGGACUCUCUUCUCCUCCUCCCCGCCCCCCCCCCCCCCCCCCCGCCUCCCAGCCCCCUCUACUGACAAUGGUUCAGCCCUGUUUUAAUGGAGGACUUAAUCAAAAACGGUUGGGAACAGGGGGGCUCUUAAUGAAAAUGUUUUGUAGAUACUUGUUAACUGUCACGACUGGCAACACCACCCCGUAAAAGACUACUGACUUGACAAGCUUUCUCUCUCUUCCUUCUUUUUCGUUCUUUUAUUCUGGAUAAAAUGUUUGAUUUAUUGAAUAUCCCCCCCAAAAUCUUCCCCCUUCUAAGGAGCACUAGCCUAACUUGGUCUUUUUCUAUGGUAGAUAGUCAUUUUAAGACUCUUUGGACAGCAAAAUCUCCCCCAAAAAAAUUGUAAUGUGAAGGUGAUUUUCUUUCUUUCUUUCUUUCUUUCUUUCUUUCUUUUUACGGCUUUUAUGUUUUAUCUUUGUCUUGUUUUGUUUGUUUCUUAGGUAAAAAAAAGGAAAAAUUGAAAAAAACGUACUAGCCAAGUCACAAAGAGAAUGGGUUGCACAUAGCGUUAUGGAAUAAUUUGUGAUUUUUGUUUCGUUAUGUUUCUAAUCUUGAUGUAAAUUUACACUAUUUAUAAAUACAUAUUUAUUGCUUGAAAAUAUUUGUUGAUGGAAUGCUGUUAUUUUUUCCAGAGUACCUGCCAUUAAAAUUUGAAGGAGUUUUGUCAUUUUAACACAACUCCUCAUACAUUUUCUAUAUAUAAAUAAAAUUGCUUAGCAAGCAUUGUACAGAAACGGACAUUUAAAAUUGUUUUAUUGUUUGAAGAAUGUUUUAUGAUGAGUCAAUAAACACAAAGUUGUCAAAUUA